AUAUCGAUUAUUAAACGCGCUUUCAUAAAAAUAAAAACCCGGCAUUCAUAAAAAAGUAUAAACGAAAAGUUUUUAAUAAAUUUUCCCUGAAAUAAAAUGUCCAAUAAACCUGAAGAAUCAGUACCAGCUGAAGAAAAUGAUCUACUUCAAAUCAAACCAUUGGGUGCUGGCCAAGAAGUGGGUCGUUCAUGCAUCAUGCUCGAUUUCAAGGGAAAGAAAAUUAUGCUUGACUGUGGGAUCCAUCCAGGGCUAUCGGGAAUGGACGCACUUCCCUAUGUCGAUUUGAUCGAUGCCGAUGAAGUAGACUUGCUUUUGAUAUCCCAUUUUCACUUGGAUCACUGUGGAGCGUUGCCAUGGUUCUUGAUGAAAACCAGCUUCCGUGGUCGGUGCUUCAUGACGCACGCCACCAAAGCCAUCUACCGAUGGAUGCUUUCCGAUUACAUUAAGAUCAGCAACAUCUCCACCGAACAGAUGCUCUACACUGAAGCCGAUCUGGAGGCGAGCAUGGAAAAGAUCGAAACGAUAAACUUCCACGAAGAACGAGACGUUAUGGGCAUCAGAUUCUGGGCCUACCAUGCGGGCCAUGUUCUUGGAGCGGCUAUGUUUAUGAUAGAAAUAGCUGGGGUUAAGAUUCUCUACACAGGGGACUUCUCGCGACAGGAGGAUCGCCAUCUAAUGGCUGCAGAAAUCCCCCAAAUGCGUCCGGAUGUCCUGAUCACCGAAUCCACUUAUGGAACACACAUCCAUGAGAAACGAGAAGACAGAGAAAGUCGAUUCACAUCAUUGGUUCAGAAGAUUGUCCAACAAGGUGGACGUUGUUUGAUUCCGGUCUUCGCCUUGGGUCGAGCUCAGGAAUUGUUGCUUAUUCUGGACGAGUAUUGGAGCCAGAACCCAGAACUACAUGAAAUCCCGAUUUACUAUGCGUCUUCCCUGGCCAAAAAGUGUAUGGCUGUCUAUCAGACAUUCAUCAAUGCCAUGAACGACAAAAUUCGACGGCAAAUCGCCGUCAAUAAUCCUUUCGUCUUCCGACACAUUUCGAAUUUGAAAGGCAUCGACCAUUUCGACGAUAUUGGACCGUGUGUGGUGAUGGCUUCGCCAGGUAUGUUGCAGAAUGGUUUGUCGCGAGAGCUCUUCGAGAAUUGGUGCACCGAUGCCAAGAAUGGAGUCAUAAUUGCUGGUUACUGUGUGGAGGGAACUCCGGCAAAGACAAUUCUCUCUGAGCCAGAAGAGAUUACUACGAUUUCGGGACAAAAGCUGCCACUGAAUAUGUCGGUGGACUAUAUUUCGUUUUCGGCUCACACAGAUUACCAACAGACGAGUGAAUUUAUCCGAUUGCUCAAACCGGCUCAUGUGGUUCUAGUCCAUGGCGAACAAAAUGAAAUGUUCCGCUUGAAGUCAGCUUUACAACGUGAAUACGAAGCUGAUCCCAACACAACUAUUAACUUUUACAAUCCUCGCAACACACACUCAGUGGAUUUGAAUUUCCGUGGAGAGAAAACUGCCAAAGUAAUGGGUUCAUUGGCUGCCAAAGAUCCCGUAGUAGGUGCCACCUUGUCUGGAGUACUUGUUAAACGAGACUUCAAAUAUCAUAUUCUAGCACCCUCCGAUUUAGCAAAAUACACCGACAUGAGUAUGUCCGUCAUAACUCAGCGUCAAAGCAUACCUUGGGCUAGUUCCAUGAACACACUAAAACUGCUUCUCGAUCGAGUUGGCGGUCCUGGUACGGUAAGUGUUGUGGAAGAUGAUAAAAAGAUUCGAGUGUUUAAUUGUCUGGACCUGACAAUUGAAGGCAAAAUUAUCAUCAUGGAAUGGCAGGGUACACCUGUGAAUGAUAUGUUUGCCGAUGCUGCUCUAGCGUGUAUAAUGCAAACCGAAAUGGGCGGAACAAAUAUCAAGGGAACGACCGGGGUUGUGAAACCCGAUAAAACACACUUCAAAGAGUGUCUCAUAGAGACAUUGCAAGAUACCUUCGGCGAACAUUCUGUACCGAAAAUGUUCAAAGGUGAAGUUCUUCCAGUUACCGUUGCAGAUAAGAAAGCAGAAGUAAAUCUGGAAACUUUGGCUGUUACCUGCAAUGAAGAUGAAAAUCUACGACAUUUUAUUCAUACCGCUGUGCAAAAACUUUAUCAAGCUCUUGUUCAGAUGCCUUGAAUUCGUUUGUGGUGUUAUUUUUCGCUUUGUGUUGGUUUUUUUGAAUAUUAGUAUCUUAAGAAGUUAAUAAAAAUAUGAUCAGUUAAAUGAUUUAUCUAAGA